GUUUAUGCCUUUACAUCUACGUGUAUCCUUUAUUUAAGCUCGCAUUGUGUACGUUGUGAAUAUUGCGUUGUUCAAUAAACUAAACGAUACAAUGUACACAUCACGUACACUAGACACUGUUUUGCUUUUAAUAGUGCUUUGGACAUUCCUUAGAGCGGAUUUAAUAACUAAUAUAGAACCUGCAGAAUUCCAAAUAGGGCUGACCAGAAGUCUUAAAGUCGAAUGCCUUUACAGGCGUGACAAAAAUUCGACCCUGACCUUUCUGAUGUCUCUGUCCUUAUACUUUUCCCCAAGUACCAAAGAACCUGAGUACACAGAUCUAGUCACCAUCAACAGCUUCGACUCUCGUGUCUACGGAAAUGUAGCAAAUAGUUCAGAUACGGAAAUCUUUGGCUCUAUAAAUAACACAGCGGAAUCAAUGCUGCGCAUUGUUUGGAAAUACCCGCAAGAGAACAGAGUUGGUGUGUACAGGUGCGAAGCGAAUGGAAUAAAUCCAUUGGGCAAACCCGCUUCUACCUUCAGCACUUCUUUGGCGUCUGGUUCGUUUCCUAGAAAUGAACAGGUGGUAGAUGCAUUUAAAAAACUAACAGAUCUCGUGGAGCAGCUCCAGGCGGACUUAAAAUCAACCAAUCAAAACGUCGUCAAUAUGGAUAAAACACUCGAAAAGCAGAGUGAGGAUAUAACUCUCUUUCAGAAUAAAGUAUACACUUUUAACAGCAAGACUUUGUCGGCUUUAAAGUACGCAAUUUUUUAUCCUUCCCAUCUCAUCGACGGUCGUCGCUACUGGCUAACAAACAGAGAGUACUUCUUCAAGGUGACGGAGGCUGAGUCUUUCUGUGAGUUUUUUGGUGGGUAUCUAGCAGAAAUUGAUUCCGACAGAGAGUUGAACAUAAUUUAUGAUUAUAUUAGGAACAAUACUUUAUUUAAUAUUGUUUAUGUUGGUGGGACAGACGAAGAGCAGGAGGGGGUAUGGAAGUACAAACACAGUAACACCAGAGUCAAAUAUUUAGACUGGAACGGUGGUGAACCAAAUGGAGGUCGAGGUGAAAACUGUCUGGCUUAUCUUCUAAAUGGUAAAUUAAUUGAUAACUCGUGCUCUUUCUAUCCGUAUGACAAAGUAGGUUUUCUAUGUGAAAUACCAGAAUAAAUAAUCUAUAGUGCAAAUAAAUCAUGUGUUUAUUUUUUUACAAGGUUAGAUUACUAUGAUCCUCAGACCAGAGAAGAUCUCGAAUGAGAAGCUGUGGCCAAGAACAAAGCACCAGCCCAUUGAAGUAGAUAGCCUGUAGAUAAAAGUAGAUAGUA